AAGCCCUACAUGUACACGCAAGGCCAGGCCGUCCUCAACAGGUCCUUCUUCCCCGGCUUCGACACCCCGUCGGUCAAAUGCACGUAUUCGGCCACCGUGAAGGUCCCUGAGGGUUUCACGGCUGUGAUGAGUGCCACAAGCUGGGAGAAGCAGAAGGAUAACACCUUCGUCUUCAAGAUGUCCCAACCAAUCCCAUCAUACCUGAUCGCUCUGGCUGUCGGGGACAUUGUGUCUGCUGAUGUUGGCCCAAGGAGCCGUGUCUGGGCUGAGCCAUGCCUGAUCGAGGCUGCAAAGAAGGAGUAUGAUGGGGUGAUUGAGGAGUUCCUGGCAGUUGGAGAGAAGCUCUUUGGACUUUCCGUUUGGGGCAGGUACGACAUCCUGUUCAUGCCGCCCUCUUUCCCCUUCGGCGGGAUGGAGAAUCCCUGCCUCACCUUUGUGACUCCCUGCUUGCUGGCUGGGGACCGAUCCCUGGUGGACGUCAUCAUCCACGAGAUCUCCCACAGCUGGUUUGGCAACCUGGUCACCAACGCCACGUGGGGCGAGUUUUGGCUGAACGAGGGCUUCACCAUGUACGCCCAGAGGCGCAUUUCCACUGAGGUCUACGGUUUGGCAUACACCUGCCUGGAGGCUGCGACGGGAAGGGCCCUCCUGCUCCUCCUGCGCCAGCACAUGGCCAACACGGGGGAGGACCAUCCGCUCAACAAGCUGCGGGUGGUCAUCGAGCCAGGUGUCAAUCCGGACGACACGUACAAUGAAACGCCCUACGAGAAGGGGUACUGCUUCGUGAGCUACUUGGCCCAUCUCGUGGGGGACCAGAGCAAGUUCGAUGCCUUCCUCCAGGCCUAUGUGAACCGGUUCAAGUUCCAGAGCAUCACAGCGGACGACGCCCUUGGUUUCUUCCUGGAAUACUUCCCGGAGCUGAAGGAGAAAGGCGUGGACUCCAUCCCAGGCUUUGAGUUUGACCGCUGGCUGAACACACCGGGCUGGCCCCCCUACCUGCCCGACCUCUCUCCGGGGGAGCAGCUGAUGAAGCCGGCAGAUGAGCUGGCAGAACUCUGGGCAGCCGAUGGCUUGAACAUGGAGGCGAUCGAAGCCGUGGACAUCACAGCCUGGAGGACGUACCAGCUGGUCUACUUGCUGGAUCAGGUCCUGCAGAAAUCCCCCCUGCCAGAAGGCAACGUGGAGAGGCUGAGCAAGAUGUACCCGAAGAUCUCCAAGGCCCAGAACGCUGAGCUGCGACUCCGCUGGUGCCAGAUUGUCCUCAAGAACAACCUCGAGGCUGAGUACAGCAAGGUCAAGGACUUCCUCCACAGCCAGGGAAAGCAGAAGUACACCCUGCCCCUCUACCGCGCCAUGUGGGGCGGGUCGGAGUCAGCCCGGGCCCUGGCCAUGGAGACCUUCUCGGCCACGGCCCCCCAGCUCCAUGUCAACGUCCAGAACUACGUCAAGAAGAUCCUGGGCUUGGAGGUAGCAGAGGACUAG